AUGCCAGAGCACAUCAACAACAACAACUACAACAGCGAAAAACCAACGAUGAUCAAAAUGUCGAAUGUAUUAAACCAGCCCACCGCCGGCGACUGCACUGGAUUCGACGGCAAUCCGGAUCUAUACGGACUUGGCAUUCGCAUCGGCGUCUAUCUGCAAUGGUAUUCCUCAUGGCUGUCCAUGACGCUGACUCCGCACACGGCGGCCGAGACGCACACCGCAAACACCAUCUCCAUGUUCGCUAUCAUCAUCGCGGUGCUCCAGUCCGCUGACACGGGCAGCAUCCGUCCGGUCGAGGCGUGGCUGAUGUAUCAGAUAUGUCUGGGCUACAUGUUUACGGUCGUGGGCAUAUUUGGUUUGCGCCUCCGCUUGCUGAGGCCGAGCACCUUGGGGCCUGUUUUGGCGGCAGCUAUCAGGCGUAUCAAGAAUCUUCGAAACAGAUUCAAGCCGGAUAUUCGACGCACUCCAAGAGCUCCUGCCGAAGGACCGCGCGGCCUAUUCGCUCCCACAGACGUCCCGAGUACCGGCAACGAGUUCUGGAAGGUCAGGCUAAGCGAGUUGGCGUUUCUCAGGGAUAGUCCGUUUUCCUGGGCAGGCUCAUUGUGGAGGUCCACCACCUUCGGCCUGGUAAUGGCCACGAACAUUUGGCUACUGGCCGAGGGUACAGAUACGUUACAAUGGAAGGUGUAUGCGGUGGAACCGGAUACAUCUUCAUUUUCUCUCGACAGCCUAUCGACGGGGGUUCUCGCGUGGCCCUUUUCGCUAUUGCCCUCGUACUCGCCCUUCCAGAAGCGCUUUGCUAAGGCAGCACAUGAAGCGUUCCUGUCCGGAAUCGAACACUUCUACAAGGACUGGGACCAGGUUGACAUCGAAUUGUUACUGGAUGGAUCCAACGUCAUCUCCGCUAGACCCGUCUCGAGACGAGCUGGUCAAAAUCCCGACACUUCCCUGACUCCGACGCGAGGCGUGUUGACGGCAGAGCAGAUGUGA